CCGCUCUUAGCCCUCUACCUCCACCAUCACGGAUGCCAGCUUUUCACUGUCAGGGGGCAAGCAGAGCUACCACAUUCUUGGCUUGCCUUUUAAUCCAUCGCUAAACUCAGGAAACACUUACUACAAAUGUCCACACUCCUCCCGUUCCACGAAACCAUACUCUCUGAAAUCCACGACCCCGCAACCUCAGACUUACUCAUCAUCGCACGAGGUCUCGGUCUCCGUGGAAUUAUAUGUACGCUUCUCAAGAUUUACGACGGACCAGAGAAUUUGGUGUUACUCGUCAAUGCGACGCAAGAAGAGGAAACAGAGAUUGGUGAAGAGCUUGGGUUGAUGGGGUGUAGGAAGCCUGGGUUGAGGAUCGUUGGGUAUGAGACUGGUUCUAGUAGAGAUCGGAUUUAUACAAGAAAGGUGGUCUAAUUGCGGUCACGUCGAGGAUCCUGGUCGUCGACAUGCUGCAGGGGGUUAUUCCGGUAGAUAUGAUUACUGGGAUGAUGGUCCUACAUGCUGAGAAGAUAUCGCCUCUCCACAUCGUCUCGUUCAUCACCAGGCUCUACCGCGAAAAAAACACCACUGGGUUUUUGAAAGCGUUUACGGACCAGCCGGAACAUAUAACGAGCGGGCUUUCGCCUCUCAAGAACGUGAUGAAAGAGCUGGGUCUACGAAGGGUGUCUAUAUAUCCAAGAUUUCAUCAAAAUAUCAAAGAUUGUUUAGAACGAAAACGAGCAGACGUUGUUGAACUAGCUCAGAACCUUACGGAAUCCAUGGCAGAAAUACACGGAGCCAUCGUUCAUUGUAUGAAUAUGAUACUUUCUGACCUUCGGCGCUCCAAAGACCUCGACCUCGACAGCCUGAGCCUCCCAGCAGCCUAUUUCUCAUCAUUCGACCACAUCGUUCGCAAACAGUUGGAUCCUAUAUGGCAUAAAGUCGGAUCGACGACGAAAGGUCUGGUUAGGGAUUUGGGUGUUUUGAGGAAGCUUGUUACCUACCUCCUUUCUUACGAUCCACUACAAUUCCACACGUAUUGUCAGUCACUUCUGGCGUCUAUAAACGAACCCGAGAGUAGGGGAACCGGUACAGGGCGUACAAGUGAGUGGAUGAUGACGGAUUCUGCGAGUACGAUUUUCCAGCUCGCGAAGAAUAGAUGUUUCAUUACCAUUGCUGAACCUGAAGAAUUUCAGAAAGAUAACCGUCCUCCUACUGUUGUCGAUCUCAUAGACGACGAAGAUAUUUGGGAUGCUGUAAAUGAGGCCGAAGGACUUGUGCCUACGACGGUGACGACAUCGUCAAAGGCGAAGAAGAAGAAUAACUCCUCCCAACGACCGAAAUGGCUCCCACCAAACCUCCACCCAGUUCUCGAAGAACUGCCCAAAUGGAGCUUAUUGGCCGAGAUCCUCGAAGAGAUCGAAUACGAGAUACUUCGUUUCGAGAACCACUCGCAGAAUGCAGCGUCAGCGUCAGCGGUGGAGGGAACGAACACGACGCUAGUGAUGUGUUCUGGUACCGCUACGUGUGGAGUGCUUACCGAGUUUCUUCAAAAAAUGGAUACUGGCGGGAAUAAGACAAAGGGGGAGUGGGGGAGGAAGAUGAUGUUGGGGAAGUUGAAGAGUUGGUUGUUUUGGGAGAGGAAGAGGCAGGUGGAGAAGGAGGGUGGUGGUGGUGGCGCGGGGAGUAAGAACCGUGGUGGUGGUGGUGGUACCGCAGCGGCAGCAGAUGCUCGGCGUGGGGUGGGGGCUGCGACGGAUGAUGGAGGCGUUGGUGAUAUAUUGAACGAAGCGUUGAAGAGGAAGGAUAGAGAGAAGGCGCAGAAACAGGCUUCUAGGCGGAGAGUUCGAGGUGGUGCGCCAAGUGAUAGUAGUAGAGCAACGACUGUUGCUCCUCCCGGAGGACCUGAUACCGCGGUUGUUGUUCCGCGCAAGGAUGACGAUCCCUGGAGCGCAGACAUUGAAAUGCAACUGAUUGCAAUGGACGAUGAAGAGCUUCAACUCAAUCUCGCAGCAGACGCCGGCGGCGUUGGUGACAUCAUCAGUAAUAUCGCCGAGUUCAACAAACAUUACGGGCUGAUACCCCCUGCUGAACAAGUCCUGGUACGAGCUUACUCUGACGAUACGGACGAUCGGAUGCUUGAUGAGAUUAAACCGAGGUUCAUCGUCAUGUACGAGCCUUGUAUGGAGUUUGUUAGGAGAGUGGAGGUGUACAAAGCCUGUAACCCGCAUAUGGGUGUACGCGUGUAUCAUAUGGUCUACAAUGACUCAUGUGAGGAGCACAAGUACCUUGCUGGUAUACGGAGAGAGAAGGAUAGUUUUGAGAGAUUGAUUAAAGAGCGUGGGUCCAUGUUGCUUCCUAUAUUCGAAGAUCGUAGCAGGAGCGCGGAGAACAGCGAUGCUAUAGUCAAGACGAUCAGUACGCGUUUAGCGGGUGGUCGGAGAGAGCUUAAGAAUACACCUUCUCAGGUUAUCGUUGACAUGCGAGAGUUUAGGUCUACGCUUCCUUCUUUAUUACACGCGGCGAACCUUGUCGUUGUACCGGCAACCUUAACGGUUGGAGAUUAUAUCCUUACACCUGAGAUAUGCGUGGAAAGGAAGAGUUUGUCGGAUUUGGUGUCCAGUUUUAGUAGUGGGCGGCUGUAUACACAGUGCGAGUUGAUGUCGGCGCAUUACAAGAAUCCCGUGCUUCUCAUUGAAUUCGAGGAAGAUAAGGCUUUCUCUCUAGACAUGGUAUCCGAAAUAAAGUCAUACGUGAAACCUGUCAACAAAUUUCCUCCAAAGAAGAAGGCUCUGGGGAACAAACCUGGAGAGCAAAGUUACCAAAGAAAAGCCCCGCCCUCCAUUCAAUCCAAAAUUGUCCUCCUCACCCUCACCUUCCCCCGACUUCGCAUCAUCUGGUCACCCUCCCCCUACGCCACCGCUGAUAUUUUCAACGACUUGAAGAAAGACAGGUCGGAACCUGACGUCGUAAAGGCAGUUUCUACCGGAGCAGACGAAGAUCCGGAAGCAGGUGCUGGGGUAAACGCAGCUGCCGAGGAUCUGUUAAGAUCUUUCCCUGGGAUCACUUCGAAGAAUGUAAAGUUUAUUAUGAGUAAGGUUCGGAAUGUCAGGGAGCUGUGCGAGAUGAGCUUAGCUGGGGUGCAAGCGGUGUUGGGUGCUGAGCCUGGAAAGGCUUGUUUUGAGUUUUUGCAUAGGGGAGAGAGGAGGUAGUACUACCUGGGGUGUUGGUGCUUGCGUACAGGAGGACGAUUCCCCCCCGCCUCCCUCCAUCGCGCAACGCAAGAAUGCCUUUCAGUACGAGUAUGUCCCCGGCCGGAUAGGAUGACUCGAUCGUGCUAUGGCUCGCGCGUGGCUGGUUUACUACCAAUACGGCCACUCCUGUCCCCCCCGCCACUGCGCAGUUGGCGGAAGUGGCAGUUUCUGGAAAUUCUGGGAGAUGAUGGCCCUCUGCUCGACGUGCAAAGCCCUUCGUAUAGGUUGUCUCUGUUAGUCGGGGCAGAGAACAAUGACUGCACAUUACUACUGGCUGGCUAUGGCUUACGCCGCCUCCUCGAAGCAACCGGUGGAAGUCGCAGUUGCAGAAACGUCCGCGCUUCACUAGGAAUUAUCGCCCGCAUUUCACUCUUCUUUCCCUCACCUCGAGCCCGCUCUAACAACCGCACCAUCUUCGUCCUACUUAUCAUCUUCGCCCGCUCAUCCAUAACUACUUCUCCAAUCAAUGGACAGAUUCAAACCCCUCCAUGACCUCGUCGUGUGUUGUACUCGCCGUUCAUCCAAUAGAAUAGAAUAUCAUGAUUCUUCAUUUCGAGUUCAUAACAUCACAAGUAUUAAAAGCAAUUCUGCGCUGUAGCGUAGAUCAAGCAUUAUUUUCUGCCCCAGGCCCCCCGGUGACUGCCGC